AUGUUUGUACAAAAGGAAACAUACCAUAAACUAAAAAACGAAAAGCGUGAUUGUCAAACAAAUUUAAAAAAUCUGCAAAAUGAACUUGAAAUUUCUCAAACUGAAUUAAAUAAUCUUCUAAAGAAAAUUGAAAAUUCUCAAAAGCAAAUGAAACAUCUGCGUGAGAAUUCUGAAAAUCUACAUGAGAAUUCCCAAAUAGAAAUAAAUCAUCAUAGAAAAGAAUUUGAACAGCUACGUGAGAAUAGUCAGUCAGAAAUAAAUAAACUGCAAAAUGAAAACAACCAUAAAAUUGAAAUUAUCGAAAAAUUAAAAAGCAAGCAUGCUAAAGCACUAGACGAACUAGUUAAUAUCAAGGCAGAAGGUGAGAAUUGUCAGUCAGAAAGAAAUAAACUGCAAAAUGAAAACAACCAUAAAAAUGAAAUUAUCAAAAUAUUAAAGAGCAAGCUUGAUAAAGCACUAGAAGAAUUAUUUGAAAUCAAGGCAAAGGAACUUAGGAUAUUAGAAGCAGAAAGAAACGCAGUCAUGAAGGAUCAAGGUAAUUUUGAUCAUGGAAAUAUAGAAAUAAUUGAAGACUCAAAUCAUACCGAGUAG